AUGGCGUCCUUCCUCGAAAAUGCAUACAGUCUGGUCCACCUGGACAAUACAGCGGACCAGCCUACUGUGCAGGAGCUCAAACUCCAGCUGGAAAAGGGCACCGAUGAGACAAAACUGGAGACGAUGCGGACAAUUAUCACGAUCAUGCUCAACGGCGACCCGAUGCCCCAGAUCCUGAUGCACAUCAUUCGUUUUGUUAUGCCGUCGAAGAGCAAGGCAUUGAAGAAGUUGCUCUACUUCUACUACGAAAUCUGCCCGAAGCUCGACUCUAAUGGCAAACUGAAGCAGGAGAUGAUCUUGGUCUGCAACGGUAUCCGAAACGACCUUCAGCACCCCAACGAGUACGUCCGGGGUAAUACUCUCCGAUUCCUGUGUAAGCUGCGUGAGCCCGAACUUAUCGAACCCCUCCUUUCCUCGGCCCGCUCGUGCCUCGACCACCGCCAUGCCUACGUGCGCAAGAACGCCGUGUGGGCCGUUGCCUCUAUCUUCCAACAUUCCGAGUCUCUCAUCCCCGACGCCCCCGAGCUUCUUCAAACCUUCCUCGAGUCGGAAACGGAUGGCACAUGCAAGCGUAAUGCCUUCGCGGCUCUCAUGUCCAUUAGCCACCAGAAGGCGCUUGAAUACCUCCGUACAACAUUUGACACUAUCCCCAACACCGAUGAGCUUCUCCAGCUAGCAGAACUCGAGUUCCUACGGAAGGAUGCUGUGCAGAACCCCCAGAACAAGUCGCGAUAUCUCAAACUCAUGCUCGAGCUUCUCGAUGCUUCUACCAGCACUGUCGUUUAUGAAGCCGCCACAUCCCUCACUGCUCUGACCAGCAACCCCGUUGCUGUGAAAGCCGCCGCGGGCAAACUGAUCGAACUCGCUAUUCGGGAGGCCGACAACAAUGUUAAGCUCAUUGUGCUGGACCGUGUGGACCAUCUGAGAAUCCAUAAUGAGGGCGUUCUGGAUGACCUGACUAUGGAAAUUCUGCGUGUCCUCUCUAGUCCCGACAUUGAUGUCCGGAGAAAGGCUCUUGGCAUCGCUCUGGAGAUGGUAUCAAGCAAGAAUGUCGAGGAAAUCGUCAUGCUUCUUAAGAAGGAACUCGCUAAGACCGUGGAUGAGCAAUACGAGCAGAACAAUGAAUAUCGCCAGCUCCUGGUGCAGUCAAUACACACUUGCGCCAUCAAGUUCUCUGAAAUCGCCGCCAGCGUGGUUGAUCUGCUGAUGGACUUUAUUGCCGACUUUAACAACAAUUCUGCUGUGGACGUCAUUUCUUUCGUCAAAGAGGUUGUUGAGAAGUUCCCUAAUCUGCGCGGAUCCAUCGUCGAUCGCCUUGUGUCGACUUUGAGUGAGGUUCGGGCUGGAAAGGUCUACCGUGGUGUCCUCUGGGUUGUUGGAGAGUACUCUCUGGAGGAGAAGGAUAUCCGCGAGGCGUGGAAGAAGAUCCGAGCCAGUCUUGGUGAGAUUCCUAUCCUGGCCUCCGAGCAACGACUUCUUGAAGAAGUCCCGGAAGACAAUGCGCUCCUCCAGGAGCAGGCAAAUGGUGCCAAAAAUGCUCCCACUGGAUCCCGCAAAGUCUUGGCUGAUGGCACAUACGCCACCGAAAGCGCUCUUACCAGCCAGUCUGCCGCUGCCGCCCGUCUCGAGGCCGUGAAGGCAGCCCAGAAGCCACCCCUUCGCCAACUCAUCCUGGAUGGCGAUUACUACUUGGCGACUGUCCUCUCUUCGACUCUCACCAAGCUCGUCAUGCGCCACUCCGAGGUAUCCCAGGAUGCCGCUCGCACGAACGCUCUGCGCGCCGAGGCCAUGCUCAUCAUGAUCUCUAUCAUGCGCGUUGGCCAAUCGCAAUUUGUGAAGGCUCCUAUUGAUGAGGAUUCUGUUGACCGUAUUAUGACCUGUGUUCGCUCUCUGGCCGAGUUCUCUGAAAAGAAGGACCUUGAGACUACUUUCCUGGAGGAUACUCGCAAGGCAUUCCGCGCUAUGGUUCAGGUAGAGGAUAAGAAGCGUGCUGCUCAGGAGGCCGUUGAGAAGGCCAAGACUGCUGUUCAGAUUGACGAUGCCAUUCCUAUCCGGCAAUUCACCAAGAAGAACACUGUUGAGGGUGCCGAGGAGAUCGAACUUGAUCUUGCCAAAGCCACCGGCGGGGACACCACCGUUGAGAACGCUGCUUCGAAGCUCAGCCGUGUUGUUCAACUCACUGGAUUCUCUGACCCCGUUUACGCCGAAGCCUACGUUACUGUCCACCAGUUCGAUAUCGUUCUCGAUGUGUUGCUGGUCAACCAGACCACCGAGACCCUGCAGAACCUUUCUGUUGAGUUCGCUACCCUGGGAGAUCUUAAGGUUGUUGAGCGCCCGUCCACUCACAACCUGGGCCCUCGCGACUUCUUGAAUGUCCAGGCCACCGUGAAGGUGUCUUCUACUGACACUGGUGUCAUCUUCGGAAACAUUGUUUACGACGGCCCCAGUUCCACCGAGACCCACGUGGUUAUCCUUAACGACAUCCAUGCCGAUAUUAUGGAUUACAUCCAGCCUGCCCACUGCACCGAGACCCAAUUCCGAACCAUGUGGACCGAGUUUGAGUGGGAGAACAAGGUCAAUAUCAACUCCAAGGCCAAGACCUUGCGUGAAUUCCUGAAGCAACUGAUGGAGAGCACCAACAUGGCUUGCUUGACCCCCGAUGCGUCGCUGAAAGGUGACUGCCGCUUCCUGAGCGCCAACCUAUAUGCCCGGAGUGUAUUCGGCGAGGAUGCUCUGGCCAACUUGAGCAUUGAAAAGGAGGGUGAUGAUGGACCCGUUACCGGCUUCGUUCGGAUCAGAAGCCGCUCCCAAGGUCUGGCUUUGAGUCUGGGCUCCUUGAAGGGCCUGAAGGCCGCGGCAGCAUUCUGA